UUGCACAAUUAAAGUUACUACUCUUAUCUCGUGAGCAUGGGCGUUCUCCAACUAGUAUAAUAGAUACACAAUAAUCAGCCAUUUUAGACCACAAAACGACACAUCUUUGCCAUUCAUUUUUUAACAACCACCAACCCACCACGACACCACCACCCUCCACCGAUGAUCACCGCAUCUCCAUCGUUCAACCACCCACAAAACAGACCCCGAAACCACCGUUAAACCACCCAAGAAAACAGCCCAUAAAACCCAACUGAACCUUGGUCGAAACACCUCUGUUUCCGAUGACCAAAACCCGUAACUAAACCACCACUUUCUCCACGAACAACAUCAACACAACCAGCGACUAAACACCGACUUCAUCUUCCAUUUUUACUUUUUAACACCCAAACCACUUGACCUUACACCAAUAAAAUCAUUGUUUGCCGUCUCUGUUUUCGGUUUGGGAUUCCGGAAAAGCUUAAUAUCGUGGUUGAGGAUUACUCGAGUCGAGGUCUCCGGUCGGCCACUGUUUCGUUCGAAGCUCGAAUUUUAGAUUAGCUGAGGCUCAGGCUCAGGCUCAAGGGGGAAAGAGUUGAUCAGAAUGGAGAUGGAUAUUGAUCAGGGUGGUGAAGCAUCUUUAGACUCUACAGCUCAGAUGGGAAAUGCAAAUGCAGCUGAUUGGCAGGAAGAAGUUUACCAAAAGAUAAAUUCGAUGAAGCAGAUGUUCUUAUCAGAGCUCAAUGAUAUAUACCAGAAAAUUGCUUCUAAAGUGCAGCAGUAUGACUCUCUUCCUCGGUGUCCUCAACAUGAGCAAAUUGAAAAGCUCAAGAUGUUCAAGAUGUUGCUGGAACGCAUUGUGCUUUUCUUGGGGCUUAACAAGCAUGAUAUUCAACUUUCUCAUAAGGAGAAACUGUUUUCAGUUGAGCAACACAUAAGUUUCUUUCUUAGUUCCAAUAGUCCGCGCAAGCCUACUUCUUCUCCACAGCAGCAGCAACUUUUUCAUGGACAGCAGUUAAUGCAACAGCAGCUGAUUGCACAGCAGAACCAACUGAUGGGCCAACAGAACACAAUGCCUGAUGUGCAGCAGAGGCUAGCGGGCCAACAGAAUAACUACAACAGUAUUCAGCAGCAGCAGCAGUUAAUUAAUCAACAAAACAACUUUCAAAAUAUGCAUCAGCAGCAGUUGGGCUCUCAAAUUAAUAUUGCUGGAAUCCAGCAGCAACAGUUGUCUGGAAGUCAACAACCCUGUAACUCUGGCUUGAGGUCUAAUCAGCACCCUAUCUAUAUGUUGCAACAAUCAAAACUUCCUGUACAACAACAAAUGCUGCAGAGUACUACAACCUUGUUACCAAGUCAAGAUUCUACAGCUCAGUCAGGAAAUGCAAAUGCAGCUGAUUGGCAGGAGGAGGUUUACCAAAAGAUAAAGUCUAUGAAGGAGAUGUAUUUGUCAGAGCUCAAUGAUCUAUACCAGAAAAUUGCUACUAAAGUGCAGCAGCAUGAUUCUCUUCCUCAGCGUCCUCAAAACGAGCAAAUUGAAAAGCUCAAGAUGUUCAAGAUGACACUGGAACGCAUUGUGCUUUUCUUGCGGCUUAACAAGCAUGAAAUUCAACUUUCUCACAAGGAGAAACUGCUUUCGGUUGAGAAGCACAUAAGUUUCUUUCUUAGUUACAAUAGGCCGCGCAAGCCUGCUUCUUCUACACUACAGGAGCAACUUCCUCAGUCUUCCAUGCAUACAAGUCAGGCACAAAAUACAUAUGCAGGUCAGACGUCUAUGAUGGGUGCCAGUCAGCAAGAUAUUGCUUCUGAGUUUGAGAGACUUCUGAGUUUGAUAGAUUAGAUGGUAGUUCAGAUGGACUGGGUUAUGUACGGAAUGAUAUUCAGUUUCGAUAUUGCUAUCCUCCCCAGACCCCACUUGAGACUACACUGAAUUUGUUGUUUUUUUGUUGGUAUUGCUACUUACGGUAUGUAUAGGUUGGAUUCUAGUUUUGAUGGAUUAAGUUCUGGUACUAAA